AUGGUGCGCCCCGAUAGGAAAGAUUGGAGUCAACGGUUGGACGAUGCACUCUGGGCCUAUCGUACGGCAUACAAGACUCCUAUAGGGAUGUCACCGUACAGGUUGGUAUUCGGGAAGCCGUGUCACCUUCCAGUGGAGUUCGAGCACAAGGCUUUUUGGGCGAUAAAGCAAUGCAAUAUGAAUCUAGAAGAGGCCGGUGUUCAACGGAAGUUGGAUUUGCAGGAAUUGGAGGAGAUUCGGAACGAAACCUACGAAAAUGCAUUAAUUUAUAAGGAGAGAAGUCGGACAUUUCAUGACCAGCAAAUUUCAAGGAAAACAUUUGAAGUUGGUCAGAAAGUCCUCCUAUACCAAUCAAGGCUCAAGCUAUUCCCAGGUAAGCUACGUUCCCGUUGGAUUGGACCUUUUAUUGUGACUCGCGUUUUCCCCUAUGGUGCAGUCGAAAUCCAUGGUGCUAAAACAGACAACAAAUUUGUGGUGAAUGGACACCGUCUCAAGCAUUAUUACGAAGGAUUUUCAAGUGGAGAGGUGGAGACAAUAAGUUUAGAUGCGCCACCGUGUCCGAAACAGUGA